AGGAGGUCCGAAUCGCGUGGGGUGCGGCGAAACUAGAGGAGAGCACGGCUAUCGAUCGAUAGCGACGCCUGUGCAGUGAGCGAGCCCGAGCCACGAUCGACGACCGUAGAACCCAGGGGAAACAAUCGCGUCGUCUCUUCGACGUGGCUCUCGGCGCUCGACGUGGCGCGCACGGGAACGGUGCGAGUGUUGACAGUGGUUCGUCGGUCCCCUUGACGUGCCGUGCUCCAGCCGGCGUUUCCGUGGCACCGCUCAUCGCCCUCGCGCGUUCCUGCCGCGCGAGAGCGGCUUCUUCCUCCGCGGCUCCGCCGAGCCGCGCACAGCCGGCUGACAGACACGCCGUUCGCGACGGCGGCAUCCUCGGCACGGCGAGGCACGUCGUCAUGUGGCCGACGGCGCGAGGUACAUUAGUUGUUACUCUGGAAACGGAGAAGAAGCGUCGGACGUUCGGUAUGAGGUAAGCUGGGGCCGCAGCGGAAGACAUUGGAACGUGCGACGGAAAGGAAGAUACGUAGAUAGAAAAACGGACGUCGAGUGCGAACGAGUGCAAAAUGUCCGAAAAUGAGACGAAGUCGGCCUCGCCGAUACCCACGGUGAUGUGCGCGCAAUGCUGCAGCAACGACAGCGGUGGUGAUAGCGGUGGCGGCGGCGGAGGAGGCGGCGGUGGUCUGGGGACCAUGCAAUGCCCAGCCUUGCAGGUCACCUCGCGGAUGCUGCGCUCGCCGAGUCACGAGAGCGUUACCACCGAUCUGUCGCUCUUCAGCGUGUCGUCGAUCGCCAGCGAUCUGCGCAGCGCCAACAGGUUGGUCACUUUCAAGUCCUACAGCGACGCGCAACUCACCGGCCGGGGGCCCUCACCGAAACCGGACUCCCGACAGAUUCAGGGUAACAGGCCGGCGGACAUUCCCGAGAUUUUAUGGUUCGAGGAGGAGAACGAACUGAUCCGCAGCUGCGGCGUUCUAUCGUCAGCAUUGGGACUGCGCAAGAGCUUCAGCACGAGCGACGUGUCGCAGCUUCCCAGCCCGGACGCGGCCGGGGCCGGUGGCCUACGAACGGCGGUGUCCGCGCUGGCCCUCGACACUGCCCAGCGCAACACCCUGCUGCUGGAGUCCUGCAGACUCGACCACGCUUCGAGGUCCUGCAGCACCUGGGUCGCCGUGGGCGAGCCCGUGGCCAGCACGUCCCAGCUUCCCAGCCCGCACGGCGGAGCCGCGCAGGAACAGCAGCCUCAGCAGCAGUCGCAGUCGCAGCAGCUCCAGUCGCAGCAGUCUUCUUCGAAUGCUCAAUCGGUGCCGCAACUACCACCGCAACCACCGGCACCGCCGCCACCACCACCCGUGCCCUUCACUGGAGCGGACCUCGUCAGGUCCGUCAAUAAGAAAGUCCGACAGAACUACAUACGACGAAGGCUACUAACCACGUACCGCGCUUUGGAGCGCCUCUCGCAGAGCGAAUUUAAUCUAGACCAGCUGGAAGCGGCGGCCACCGCGGCGCAAAGCUCCCACGGAGCCACUUUGCUGGUGCCCGGCACGACCGCCGGGGUUCCUGGUGCUUCCUUGAUCGGACGGAAGGAGCGGAAUCACGCGCUGACAGUGCGGGACGUCGAGAGAGAACGCGGAAAUCAGCUGUCCAAGUAUGAAAGGAACAUGAUGAUCUUUAAUUGGCUUCACACUUUGGACGACAGCGCGGUCGUAGACAGCGUCGAAUAAGGGACAGGGGGAAAAACCUCCCCAGCAUCUCCCGCAACUCCGACAACGUGCGACCUAUCGUGCCUAAGUCUCUUCCUCCUCGACUCGAUUACUCUAUCGAAGACGCUUCGUUGACAUCAUACUGUCGCACCUCGGAGAAUACCGCUAAUAUGUAAGACUUCUGAGCUUACUGUUAACUAUAUUGAGUUAUGACGUCUAAAGCGAAAAAAUAUCUUUCUCUUGCACUAUUCAUCGAAAUAAAUUAGUUUUUUUUUCGAAUGCUCCUCACUCUCAUCUUUCGUAAGAUGGAAAAAAGUGCAUAAGACUCCGCUCUUGGUCCCCUUCUUCGUUAAUCUCUCGUCUAGCGGAUGCCGGGCUUGCUCAGAUCACUCUCUGUUGAACGGUCAAAGCGUUAGAUGUCAAAGCGUUUAUUUUAUCCUUCCCUCGUGUUAAGAUAUCAAGGGAUGCGCUUAGGUGCAGUCAGGGGAGAGACGAGUUAAUAUUCAACAGAGAUGAGAUAGAGUGUUCGUCAGGCGAGAAUCAAUAAAUUAUGCAAUUCAAUCUGAAUGUAUACUCAAUAUUUUUAUAACAAAAAUAGGCCUCGUAAUUACGAUUAGGUUUUACAGCUAUUAAUAUCUCUUGAAUUGAGAAGAGAUUCCGACAUUUUAGCUUAUUUUAUUAUCCUCUAAGUUUAUUCUAUUGAGUACAAAUAGUAGCAUGGUGUAAAGAGACUAAUUUAUUCCAAUGUACGUUGCGAGAAUAAAUCGCUUCUAUGAAUGUGAUGUAUAGUAUGGUCAUAUCAUAAGCGUGAUCUCUCGCGUCUGAUGUCAUAAUGCAAUAUGGCUGCAAUAAUGAGCCAGGAGCUAUUAGCUAAAGUAACUAUCGCAAGACAUCCGUCCCUCCUCGUCCAGCGAUUGGCGUCGCUUAACGAGUGUAUCCGAAGCAUUUCGUAUAGAGCGAAAUUCCAUUCCAUCGGCCGCAUACAAAGCGCGUACGCAUGCAAGCUGUGGGCCUUAUAGCGAAUUCGGUCGGAUUACUCCACACUGAUGCGCACUGAAAGGCACAUAAUUAUCUAAAUUCUAAAACAAAGGAACAUACAUAAACAUGUGAUAACGUAGAUUAAAACAUAAGAGACGUGUGUUCUCUUACGCGUUGAAGGGAUGAAGCAAAAGGAUUGACUCUUUUUGUCGAAAUAGUAAAUGUGAAAAAAAAAAUUUUAAACAUAAGUUUUGCACUUUCACAGGCACACUUUUUGAAGACGUAUUCCAAAUCGUUUGAGAAUAUUAUAUCUCUCGAAAUACCCCGCCGGCCGUUUAAAUCAUUUUUAUGACAAAGUUAAAACUUAUUUAAAUCCAACUAUAUGUAAAAAAACUCUCGGAAGCGAUAAUGAGAGAGAAAGAGGAAAGUGGCGAGAGACAAAAUUGCGCGUGUUUCUUGGUAAGUGAAAAAAUAUAACGUAAGUUUAUUUUCGCUGAUAUCCAAUAAAUCGUUAUAUUAUUUAGCAGAAAAUGUCGACUAUUUGAAAACACUUACGUUCUGCCGUUGCACUUAUAUAUCACGAAUAAAACAGUAGCCUGUAUAGUACGCAUUAGUCUGGAAUAGUGAAACCAACUAAAUUGAUUAUUAGAAACAAAUUGACGACUUGGAGAAAUAUCCCCAAGUGCAGUACGAUGAGUGUACACGUGUACGUGUACUUUUGGCAUUCUAGUGAUGAGCUGAUUAUAGAAAUCUUUUAUUCGUAUCUCAUCCGAAUAAUUCAUUGGUUAAAUUAAGGAAGUAACUUCGGAGAUUAGAAAUAUUUCUACGAUAUAACGAUAACAACAUGAAUACAAUAUUUUUAUGCGAGAUCUCAUGAAACUUUUUCGUAGAACUCUUCUACAGGUCAGUAUUCGCAAAUUCAGUUUGCCAAAAGAUUCAAUAGAAUGGAGUAGAGACUGACAUUAAUAAUCAGUAAUUUAACAGUUAGCAAUUCUGUAGCGAAGUUUGCAUUGAAGAAAGCCAACGUAUAAACUGAAAGAAUGUACAUACAUCUUGUGUUACGUACGUAGACACAUAUCGAUGAGAAAUUUUCAGUCAACGGAACGUAAAAGCGUCGAGCGGUACCAAGCUGUUGCUUAGAGUGACGAAAUUUUAACAAUAACUGUAGACUGAGAAUCUUACAAUCGUUUUGCAUUUCCAAUUUGCAUGGACUCGAAAAGGAUAUCGUGUAUAAAGAUUUAACAAUGCGAGACGCAAUCCAAAGGAACCUUACUUGUGAAAUGUGAACGAUGAUACGCACGAUUCAGCGUACGAACUUUUGUGAUUGUAUAACCGGCAUGAGAAGAACUAGUCUGUGAAAUUCCGUUUAUUCUGAACGUUACACGAAGGAACUUGGUGCCGGGGUAAAAUGUUAUUCAGAGUGCACGCCUAAAAAUAUUUAAUUCUAUGCGUGUACCUUAUGAAAAUCUUGAUUGUCCAGUGUAAACAGAAAACCCGGAACAAUGUACUUCCUGCCUGACUAAUUAAACGACAGAUCACAUCAGUAUUACGCGCCGCGGCCCAGCGAGAUACCAAAGUGUUUUUGGAAUAGUAAAUGGAUGUGUGAUGACACAUACAAUUAAUGUGCUUUUAUGUAUGUUAAAUGUUUCCUUCCUUCCAUAUGUAAUAUUCGCUAACGUCGCGAUAUUAUCUGGUACAGAGAACAAAUAUAAGAUUUAUUAAGUAUUCUAUAUCUAUACACACGGACCUUGUCUUUGUAAUUAAAGAUAAGAAAUAUGAAAGUAAGAAGAAAAAGCAGGUAAGGUAACUGUCGCGACUGUCGGAUUCUAUCUAUUAAUAUUUUAUAGAAGGAAAGAAUCCGAGCUUUUGCAAUUUUGUGGCAUAAUUUUUUUAUCGAGUGCCUAGAGUAUGAAAGAUUUAUAAGGAAAGACCUCUAUUAUAAGAUGGGAUCCUAAUGUGAGAUAGCAGGUUUUCAACGUCCAAAUUCAAUCACAAAUCUUUUUUUCGCAACGAUUACAC